AUGACUAUAUCUCAAUACCUUAAGACAACAGAAGAUUUUAUUAGAUUGCAACUUGUCAAAAAAUCAUUUUCUUGUCUCACUGAUAUGUUUAAAGAAAAUCCAAUUUCUUCACCAAUUUUUCGUUAUAUCACUACUCAAAACAUCUAUUCUAGAGACGACAGAAUUAUUCCAAAUCUUUCUUGUUAUAUUAUUCAUUACAAAGUAAAUUAUAACGAAUAUCUUUUAAUGAAGAAAGAUAAAUAUUAUUUCAAACAUAUUGAAUAUACAAAAAGUGAUCGUGAAAAGACAAAAGGUAAAAUCCCACAAGAAAUUACUUGUAUUGGAGAAAAAUGUUUUUAUAACUGUGAUAGAUUAUCUACAAUUAAUAUCCCUGAUUCUGUUACAUCAAUUGAAUACUCUGGAUUUAAGAAUUGCUUGAGACUUACUUCUAUUCAUCUUCCUUCUCGUUUAUUGAAAUUAAAGUCAAAUUGUUUUGAAAAUUGUCAGUCUUUAAAGGUAAUUUCAUUCCCUUCAACCCUUAUUUCAAUUCCUGAUGCUUGUUUAUGGAAAUGUUAUUCAUUAACUUCUAUUCAAUUCCCUUCAAAUGUGUCUUCCCUUGGAGUUAAUUCAUUAUCUCAAUGCACUUCCCUUAUUUCAUUUUCUUUACCACCUCAUUUAGAGGUUAUUGGUGAUGCUGCAUUUUGGGGUUGUUGUUCUAUUAGACGAGUUUUAUUUCCUUCAUCAGUUACUUCAGUUGGAAACGGAGCAUUUUGGUCUUGUGUAAAUCUAUUCCAAGUGUCUGCCCCACUUCAUUCGACUCCAAUUAGGUAUGGUGUUGGUUGUUUUAGAGGAUGUAAAAUACUUUCACAAGUUGAAGGAGCCAAACAAAUAAAUUGGUAA